AUGGAGGCUCUUUCCAUUACAAGCACUACUAUACAUUCAACUAUUGGCAUUUUUGGCAUCUUCGCCAAAGUUCUUCUUGCCUUUGCUGUAGUAAGAAAGACCCCCGCAAAUAUGACUACAUACUCCAAUGAUCUUCUUUCUUCCCUUGUUUCUGUGACAGUCCAACAAAGGAUUAUUCCGGAAGGCUUUGGUCUCUUUUAUAUCUCUUUCGGGCCUUGUCGCUAUCUAGAUACAGUUUUAUGUUACAUUGCUACAGUCACUGGCUAUGGAGUCUGUUGUACUCGUUUUGGUAUCGAUAUAGUGUAG